AUGGUUUUACAUCGGAAUCCGCAGUUAAGAUUUGAAUUCGAAGGAUCGCCUGUUAAAGCAAUUUCUCUUGCUACUGUUAUCGUUGGCUCACAUUCUCACAACGGAUCCAGUUCAAUUACGACAUUAUCACCAGAUAUUAGCGAACCACAUUUUGUUACAUGUUCUGAUCUAUCUCAAUGGUUUUCUCCUGGAUAUCCAAAAUGGACAAAUUAUAUUAAAGGAGUUCUUGUGAACUUUAAAGAUUUUGCACGACCUUUUAACCUUGUCGUGGCUACUUCUAUUCCAAUUGGAGGCGGAUUAUCUAGCUCUGCUGCCCUUGAAGUCGCUUCAUACCUGUUCUUUGAGCAACUCUUUUUAAAUUCCACUAAAGAACCAUCCUUGCUGUCCAAAGCACUUGUUUGUCAAAAAGCAGAACAUAAUUUCGCGGGAACUCCUUGUGGGAUCAUGGAUCAACUUGUAUCUUUUUGUGGAAAAGAAAAUCACGCAAUCUUGUGA